AUGGUUCCAUUGGAAGAUCUGCUUAAUAAAGAUAAUAGCACAGCCUCACCUCAGGACAAACGGAGCCACUUAGUAGAUGACAGAACAAGUUUUUCCAAUGCCAUGAAGACGGAUGGGCUACCCAGUCCCAAUCUAUCUAAAAGGUCUUCUGACAGUUCGAAGAAACCUAGAAUUACAUGUACCACGGAAGGUAUUGGCUUGAAAGGGCAAGAAGAUGGCCGGUUAUCACCAGGCAGUGCUUCUUCAUCUUGCUUGCCAUAUCAUAGUUCUUCACACUUGAGUACGCCACCGUAUGAUUUAUUGGGUGCUUCGGCAGGUUCACCCGACACACCAUCUUCCUCUGACUCCUCCUCGUCCUCGCCGUUGGCACAAGGGCAUAACCAGGCGGAUGAUGAAGAUGAAAUGGAUAACGACGGUGAUUCAGAAGACAUAACACUAUACUGCAAGUGGGAAAAUUGCGGCAUGAUUUUCAACCAACCUGAGUUGCUGUACAAUCAUCUGUGCCAUGAUCAUGUCGGUAGGAAAUCGCACAAAAAUUUACAGCUGAACUGCCAUUGGAGCGAUUGUACUACAAAAACGGAGAAAAGAGACCACAUUACUUCACACUUAAGAGUUCAUGUACCAUUGAAACCUUUUGGAUGUUCCACUUGCUCUAAAAAGUUUAAGCGUCCGCAAGAUUUGAAGAAGCAUUUGAAAAUUCAUUUGGAGAAUGGCGGCAUUUUAAAGCGGAAAAGAGGCCCCAAGUUGGGCUCAAAGAGAAGCACCAAGAAGAACAAGAGAGGCACAAAUGGUUCAGUGACGUCUCGUCCUGCAUCGCUUCACUCUACAAUAAAUGGUAGCUUUAAGUCACAUUCAACUUCUCCACAGAUUUUACCCCCCUUGCCCAUGGGUAUGACCCAACGUUUACUUCCACAACAGGAGCAACAACAGCAACAACAGCCAAUUUCCCUGAGCCAGUUGUGUUCAGACGAACUAUCUCAAUAUAAACCAGUCUAUUCUCCGCAAUUGAGUGCCAGAUUGCAAACAAUCUUGCCGCCAUUAUUCUACAAUAAUGGCAUGAUGGUGAACCGAGGUGCCAAUGGUCAGGGAAUGCAUAUAUAUGAGGAAGGAUGUUCCAAGAAGUCUAUAGCAAGCGCUACUCAAUUCUUUACCAAACUAUCCAGGAAUAUGACGAAUAACUAUAUUCUACAACAAAGCGGUAGCUGCGUUUUGCCUACGUCAUCACCCGGACACAUCCCCAUGGCACAAACAAGCUAUGUUCAGCCACCUAAUGCUUCCCCAUACCAACCUGUUCAAGGUGGCUGCUCGGUCACUGCUACUACGAACAUAGCAAACUAUGUGCCAACACAGUUAACGAAGUAUCCAACCGGUAGUUCGGUUACCGAACAUUUACCACCUUUGCAUUCACCCACUACGGGUAAUGUUCUGAAUCGCCAACCACAACAUGCCGCGCCACACUAUCCACCUGUUCGUGUCCUGCCCAGCUACUCUUCUGCUGGCUGUUCCAUAUUACCUCCUCUACAAGCGAAGAUACCAAUGUUGCCAUCGCGUCAUUCAAUGGCGGAUGAAACUCCGUUCAAACCGAAUUGGGAAUUUAGUUUAAAUCAAAAAAGUUGUACUAAUGAUAUCAUCCUGAGUAAACUUGCAAGUGAAGAAUCAGACAAUGAAAGCGAUAUGGAGGAUGAUUUCGUAGAAGUAUUGGGUAUAGUGAAUAUCAUCAAAGACUAUUUGUUAUGUUGUGUCAUGGAAGAUUUUGAAGACGAAGGAAGCGAGGACGAAGAUGAAGAUGACACAUUCUUACGAGAAUCAUUAGAGAAAUUGAGUUUGCAAAGCCAAAUGGGAACUAACUCGGUACGUAUCCUAACCAAGUACCCAAAAAUAUUGGUAUGA